AUGAGUGUUCCUGUUCGAGUUCACUCAGCCCGAGUUUGCGGGAUGUUGCUAAACAGAAAAGGUUACCAGCACACCGCUACGAGGGUCGUUAUCGUGACUCACACAAUACAGGCUGGGGCCGGGGGCGCCAGUGAGGCGCUCUGACCGCGAGCACAACUUCUGAGAAAUAACAGCUCGCGCAACUCUGACUUUUCUCAGAGCUAACGUUAACUCUACAGCUUUAAACGUUUAGUGAUUUAGAAGGUAAAGCUGACUCAAAAUGCUAAGAAGACCAAUAUGUUGAUACUCUUCGUUGUUUUACUUAAAGUUAUGUGUCAGUUUUCCGACAACUGAGCGGGUUUAGGGAGGUUUUAUCUUCAAACAGCCCCGAGGUAAGUUAAACUAAGUUUAACGUAACGUAACGCUACGUUAUAGUCUUUGUUCGAGGAGACGUGUUGAGGAGCUGUUUGGUUUGUUUUGCACUGUUUUUUUUGUUUCAACAGUUAUGUGUUAUAACUGCAAAAUAUGUCUGAUUUUAGGUUAAUCUAGCUAAUCAACUUGGGCGAUAUUGCCUUGUUUUGGCUGAGGUGGCUCAAACAAAGCUAACUUUACGCCUCCACCACCUGUUAACUAGCUAACGGUUUAAAGGGUAGGUUAACUGACACCUAUUGUGAAAGAAUGAGGGAGCCCCAUCGCUCUCUAAGAGUCUGUCAGCCUCUUCUUCUUGUGACACUGCAGGAAAUUUAGCUGCUGCAACCACAAAAGCCUCUUCCUGUUCCCUUCGACCUUAUGAUGAGGUAUCUAACUGUGAUGAAAGCUUGCAGCAAAGAGAGGAAUGAUGUUCUUUAACAUCAUCCAGGGGUUCCCUGUUAUCCUGUGCUGUGGAUCCAGUAACAUUUCUGCUGUCACAUCUUCCACCUGCAGUCUCUCGCAAGUAGGCAAAAUUUACUGGAUUGGACAAAACCAGAGUCAUGUCUGAAUUCCCACACAGCCAGACUAUGAAUGUUGUCUGCAAAAGCUCAGACGAUGAAGAGAGCCAGGCCCAGCCAGAGCUGCAACCAAGGAAGGACGAGAGAAAGGAAUCAGGCUUGGCAUCUGCUGCAGUGCUGGAAAAGACCCAGGAGUUUUUUCAGAUCUGUGACAGCGAGAGCAAGGGCUACAUAACACGGACUGAUAUGAGGAAGUUGUACAGAGAGUUGCCGCUCUCUUCAGAGGAAUUGGAGAAUGUCUUUGACUCACUGGACUCAGACAGAAAUGGCUACCUUACUCAGACAGAGUUCUCCUCUGGAUUCAGUAAUUUCCUUCACGGACGCAGGAUGAGUGAAGUAGAGGAUCAAGUCAUAGGUUUCUUACAGAAGGUUCCAGAAGCUCUGUAUCAAGAUGAACCACAAGCAGAGAAAGAGGAUGAUGAGGAGAAACACUUUAGCAUGUUGAUGGAGAGUCUGGGUGCUAGCAAUGUCUUUGAGGAUCCCAGUGAAGUGCGUGAGCUGUGGGCUCAGCUCAGAAAAGACGAGCCUCACCUACUGUACAACUUUGAAGAAUUCCUGGCCCGUGUCACAUCCCAAAUAAGAGCAGUCCAACAAGAGAGGAGGGAGAUGGAAAGUGCCCUCAGAAAGAAGGCUGCAACACAUGAUAGUGAAAUCCAGCGGUUAUAUGAGGAAAUGGAGCAACAGAUGAAAAAUGAAAAAGAUCGACUUCUUCUCAAGGACUCAGAACGUCUGCAGCUGCGCAGUCAGGAUCUGCAACAACAGCUAAGCAGCAAAGAGCAGGAGCUUGAGCAGCUCUUUCUCAAACAAAGGAGGUUGGAGCAUCAGUGUCGAGAGCUGCACAGUGAGCAGCAGGAGAGUCGGGUUGAGAACAUAAAACUGAAAAUGACCAACGAGGAACUCUCACGCGAGCUGGAGCACACAUGUCAUGAGCUCUCAUUGGCUCAAGAACAGCUAGCUUUUCUACAGGAAAAGGCCUCAAGGCUACAGCAAGAAAGAGAGAUGGAGAUGUACAGAAUCACAGAGGGACUCCAGAGGGAGAAGCAAAGCCUAAUGAAACAGUUAGACCUGCUCAGAGAAAUGAAUAAACAUUUAAGAGACGAGCGAGACGUCAGUUCUUUAAAACAAAGUAACUCGUGGAAGAAACUCUCCCACAAACAGCGACCAGCCUCAACCCUAAUAAAGCAUUCUGACAAAAAAAAUACUCAAAGUGAGGUUGGCACAGAAGAAUUGACUCAGCAUUCCAACAAGAAGACUUCCACCAUGGUGAAUGGCUGUGGCCCACACUUAACAUAUGAGGCCCAGCAGACUGCAGAUGGGUGUUCAAUGUCUGGGAGUCCAGGGCUGGAUGUGUUGGAUGAUCCCCCAGAAGGCUGGCCUUUGCGCAGGGUUAUCUCCAUCGAGGAGGACCACCUCCCACACCUGCUACAAGGAGAACCUCAACCUUUACUCCACCAGCUGGGUGAGUUACAAAAGGGAGGAGGAGAAGAGGAAGCCCAGAUUGAACUGAACAUGAGCCCUAUUUAUUCCUCAAACGUUUCCCUAGCCUCUGCACAUUCGCCUCCUCCUGCCCAAGUGAAACCCUUCUUGAAACAGAAAGGAGGGAGAGCGGGUGUGCCCUCCUCAGCCAGGGGCCAGCCAGUGGGCAAAGAGACUUUGCAAAAGGGUCCAGUGGAGAGUGCUGUGGCUGCCCCCGAGCGCCUCUUUAAGGUUGUUCUUGUGGGCAACUCAAGUGUGGGCAAAACAGCUCUUCUGCGCCGCUUCUGUGAUGGACAUUUCCACUCAGCUACUACAGCCACUGUGGGUAUUGACUACAGUGUGCGGACUCUUAAUCUGGGAGAUAGUCAUGUGGCACUUCAGUUGUGGGACACAGCAGGUCAGGAGAGGUAUCGAAGUAUUACCAAACAGUUUUUCCGAAAGGCUGAUGGUGUGGUGGUGAUCUAUGAUGUAACCAUGCACAGCAGCUUUAGGUCAGUGCGCCCCUGGCUUGCCAGCAUACAGGAAGCAGUGGGGGACCCUAUUCCCAUCAUGCUUCUUGGCAACAAAUCAGACAAGGAGAGUAUGAGAGAGGUGCCAGCUAAAGAGGGGAAAAGGCUAGCUGAGGAAACAGGUCUGAUGUUCUUCGAGUGCAGUGCUUGUACAGGUUGCAAUGUGCUAGAAGCCAUGUUACAUCUAGCCAGAGUGCUGAGGGAGCAAGAGGACAGAGUGUGGGAGAGCACAGUGCGGCUGGUGGAUCAACCAGUGAAGAAGAAAUCCUGCUGCAAGUGACCACACAUGCACAUGCAUACUCCUUGCAUUGACUUCUGUGUAACUAUACUUACAUGCUGCACUACUCACAAUUAAACCCAACCCUAAACCUAACUUCGGAAACCAAAAGGAAAUCUUUUGACUCCUUUUUCCAAUAAAAACUGCAUUUUUGGGGGAUCAGUAAUAUUUUUAACAGUGGGGAAAAAGGCUAUAUACAUGGGCACACAUACAUAAACCUGCUGCUGUUUCCUAGUUCUUAUGCAAGUGUAAUGAGUAGCACAUCAGUAAGAGCAUGUUGCCAUACAACAGUUACUUGUAUAAGGUAUAACGUGACUGUUACAAGAAGAGAGGAACUUUUGUUUAUAAGAGAGAGGUACUUUUGCUUGUAAGCUGGUAUUUGGUUAACAGACUGUAAAAAAACACAUUUCAGAGCCUUUUCAAGAGAAAUUGAAGUUGAUUUGAUCAUAUCAAUCAUGAGGAUACAUGCUGAAAAACUGUGGUCUGCUCAUGGAAAUUAUAUUAAGUAUUUUAUAUGCUAUUAAAAAUCAAACAAACAAAAUCCAGUGUAGCACUCAAUGUAACAGUAAUUGGUAAAAAAUAAGCUACAGGGAUGUCCCGCAGUUGCUCCUGUUUACACCCUAAUAGGAUGUGCAAGAGUUGCCCAUAGCAACAUAGCAGCAGUGAAGAGUAUUUUGUUUGUGUGCUACAAGCAUUAAUGUCCUGUGUCAGCUUUGCUAGAAAACUGAUUUUAAGCAAAAAUGUACCAUCCCUUACACAUUUCUCCCAGGUCCUGGGAAGUUACACUCCUAGUAAAACCUUUGUUUAAAGAUGGAUACAAACUGAGUUGUAAAAUGUAAAAACAUUUCUGUUCAUUCAAUAUUUUAUGUUGUUCUGUGUAUGCAUAUUGUUAUCUGAAUGACAGUGUUAUAUUAAAUAAAACUUAUUUUUGGUUAUUUGUAAUUCAA